AGCUUCCGCAUCUUGUCUUUCGUCAUUGGCCUCGACGGUGAAUGACCAAAAAGACAGCGUUCCGAACUCCCACGUUGCGCAGCGUCUCUAAGCCGGCGGCAGAUUUGCCGAGCGGCUGUGUCCAUCCGCGUUUAGCACAAGCGUAUCCGUCGACCUUGCCCACACCUACCUGCCCUCUAUAACAUCCUCUGCACCUCGGACGAUGUCUACAGUCACUGCGUGGUCGCAAUUUAUAUCAGAUCGCAGUAACAAUCGAGCCUGGCAGAUUCACCAGUCACCCUAUCUCGCUCGCACGGACUCUGCUGCUUCUCGCAGGGCAAUAGCCAUGGCUCAAACCGACCAAAAUGCUGUCGUGAUCAACAUGGGCGAGACUGCUCCAUCCAACAGCAACGCUGGUACACAGGAGAAGAAAAAGCAAGAUACUUUGUUUGGGCCGAAUAUCGGCAUAGUCAGCACUGGUCCAAAGUGGACUGAACGGACAGAUAAAUCGACUAACGAGCUGACACCGGAGGUUGUGAAGGGUUGGGUCGCCAAAAGCAAAGAGGCAAACCAUGUGACAACAACCUUGCAAGCACUCGUGAAUCUCAAGCGACCAACACUUCGGCUCACUCCCCUAGAAGUCUCUUCUGCAGAUGACCCCGAUCACAAAGACUCUCAGCACCAUCAUGGUCUCGAGUUUGAGUACGACUGCGACUCCGCCAAGUGCGGAAUCUACGUGCAUGUCAUCCUAUCUCCAUCUCAUCACCUAGCACAAACCUCUGCAGGCAACCAACAGACAAAACUGCUUGUCUUCGAAACUGUGACCGAAGGUGGGUUCGGUAAGAUCCUCAAACUAGAGGCGGGCGCUAUGCUUGAGCUUGGUCGGUUUGAACACCGCCCUCGGACAUCUUCACUUGUUAGUGACGAGUUGGCGGCAUCUUCAACGCCUUCCGAGAUUCCUGGCUCAGAUGAUGCUACUUCAAUUGGUACUGAACCCCGACAUCGAAAGCGUUUCACCCAUUUCCAUUUCCGAAAGCGAAACGUCGAUCGGUCGGUCGCAGGACCUGCUCUUGCUGUCCUAGAUGCAGAAUCACAUACGCAUCCCUCGGACGGCGAGAAAGAAGUCCAGCAGGACGAGAGUAACCUGGGUGUGAAAGUCACCAUUCGGCUGGUGGCUCUUGAUGAGGAAGGUAACGAGCUGGCCUUUCCAAACGAGCAAAUAACAUAUCUCCAUAUCGUUCGAUACGGUUCUCCUCCCGUGCAUAUGCACGGUGCGGAACAUGAGGAAGACAAGCGACCCUGGGUUGUCAAGGUCGUCAAGCGCGAGGCUACGAUCGGUCCACACACAUUCCACCUACACGAGAUUUAUGGACUCUCUGCCAACUCCACAACUGCUACACACACAGUAGCACCUACAGCGCCUCCCGCACUAGAAACGCACUCUUACCCUCCAACCUCACCACCAGCAACGUCUACGCCAGCAUUGCAAGACGACGGCACAUCGUCGGAAUGUCUCCUAUGCCUCUCAUCGCCUCGAGAAGUUGUCCUGCUCCCAUGCAGACAUCUCGUCGCCUGCCGAGAAUGCGCCGUGAACAUGAUUGAAUUUGGUGCAGGCGGAACCAUCGCGCGCACCGAAAGCAACGAUGGUACUUCUGCAUCAGUUCCUGCGGGAGAUGAAAGCACCCCUGCGAAUGUCGAAACCGAUGGUGCCACGGGCGAGGAAGGCGGCGAAGGUAGUGCCCCAGCUCCUACGCCUUCGGACCCUACCGCUGCCAUUCAACCAGUCCCCACACCUGUGAUUAUACCCGCCGUUAACAAUCACCGUAGAAAACGAAAGGCUAAAGGGUGGUUCUGUCCCGUCUGUCGUCAACGUGAGUGCCAACUUAUUGUCAUUGUCUCCGUUGUUAUGCCGGAUCUAACUGACGUGAAUGCAAAUUAGCGUACACAUCUAUGCUCCGUAUCACUACUACACCUCCGUCGAAGGAUAUCACCGAUGACGAUCAACAAGAAUCUUCUGACAUGGGUGAAGAUAUUGCCGGCCCUCCACCUCAGUCCCCUGCCAUACCUCAGCCGCUUGCUGUCCCUCCUCCUGCGGCACGACUUACUCGUCCUGGACGCCCUGGUUUCCUCAGGGCUUUCUCUCGGGGAAAUAUUCAGCAACCACCUGAUGUCGAGAGGGGUGCCGCCGCCUCUGCUAACUAGACAGGAUCAUCCUCCUUCCCGUCGUUCCUCAGGCUGCUCUGACAUUUCAUCCUGAUCCCAUUAGUUCGCGGUUAUUUUGACUCCCUCAUUGAUUCACGCUAUCGGUACCUCCUCGUAUACACGCUUCCCUUGCUUCGUUUUGGCAUAUGGCUGCGUUUUGGUUACCCUAAUUUUUCUUGUCGUCGUUUCUUGCUUCUUGCUUGAUAUUCCAUCAUCUUAUUAUAUCUCCUACAUGUCUGGUUACGGGGCUCACAUUUUGACUCGUAUGUACUAUAUGUACCAUGUACCAUUGUACCAUCACCGACAGUGCUUUUUGGAUCUCAAUUUUUUUUUCUCUGCUCACAAGCGAUGUCACUAUUCGAUCUGGCCGGUUGUGGUGUCUGAAACUGAAGCGUGUAUGUUGUC